AUGUCUCCUCUUUUCAAGUUCGUUUUAACCGGCUUUCUUGCUAUCAAUUCCUUCAUAGCACCCACCUUUGGUAGCCCAAUCAAUGGAGCAAACGGCCUAGCUUUGCCCAGAGACAACCUUCUCAGUGAGGGAGAAUCUGCUAGUUUCCAGGUUUCUGCACGAGACACUGGCGCCACCGCCGGUGACAAUGUUGUCAGUCUUGUUGUUCGCCGCGACACCGACCCGGAGCAUAGCCUUGCGAAAAGAGUCUUUACCUCUCCCCAUGUCCGGAGAGCCUUCAAAGUCGUUACCGCUGGAAUGAUUCAUGCAGUCAGCUGGACUUUUGACUUUUGGUUUUCUCAAGAGGCGGAUGGAACCUACCACGUCCAUUAUGGCGGGCUUAAGGCUGAUGGAAUCACCAACGCCAAAUUUGGCGUCACCGGAGCAACACUUGGAACAAAGUCUCCAACCUCUGCCGAGUUUAGCGUCCCAUUUCUUGUCGAGGGAACCUACAAUGGACAGCCCAUCUCAAUCAAAUUCGCUAUCGACGCCGCUGCUAGCGCCGGAAUAACUCUUGUUGAGAAGUUCACCAGCUUUCCGAUUGCUUAUAUCAACAACAAGUUUGUUGCUGUGACUAGCUACGACCUUGUCAAAGCCUGA